AUGUCCUCCGAAUCACCAUCGUCCACAGACAUACAAAUAAACGUCAAGGGACCCAGUGAGCUCAAACUUCAGAUAACGAUAUCAACAGACAAGACCGUCCUCGAGCUCAAGCAGGCUAUCGCGGAGAAGUCUGAUGUUCCCGCAGACCGCCAGAGGCUCAUCUACUCCGGACGAGUGCUGAAAGACGAAGAUGCGUUAUCGACAUACAAGAUCCAAUCCGCACACACGAUUCACAUGGUCAAGGGAGCUGCCCGCUCUGCUGCGUCCUCAUCCCAAGCGUCCGCGUCACAACCCCUUCCCAACAUGCAGGCUGGCCAGAAUCCACACGACCCGCUCACGCAGCUGAAUAGUCACAUGGGUUAUGGACUUAUGGCCGGUUUAAACCCGUUCGCCGAGCUGGGCGUUAACCCGAACGACCCUAACAUGAUGCAAACCAUGAUGAACUCGCCGCAGUUCCUCCAACAAAUGUCCAGCAUCAUGUCAAACCCUGCUGUCCUUGACCAGAUUAUCGCCUCGAAUCCGCAGCUCGCUGCAAUGGGCCCGCAGGUCCGUGAAGUGUUCCAAAGCGAGCGCUUUCGACAGAUGAUGUCGAACCCAGAGACGCUCCGCAUGAUGCUGCAAAUGUCCUCCAUGAUGCGCGACGCAGGGCUCGGCCCAGGGAGCCCCGGAAGCGGCUUCCCCGCCCCCGGCCUACCCUCCACCGCGCGACAGCAGGCGCCCGCACCAGGCGCAGGCGCAGGUGCUGCGGCACCGCCGCCGCAACCUUUCUUCAACCCGUUCUUCCCUCCAGCCGCACCGGCGCCGUCAGGUAGCACGCCAGCAGCGCCCGGAGCGGGCGGAGCUCCGCCAGCUCCGGGCGCGGGCAUGUUUGACCCCGCCCUUAUGCAGCAGAUGCUCGCGGCGAUGGGCGGUGACCCAUAUGGUUAUGGUGGAUUCGGUGGCCUCGGCGGCAUGGGUGUGCCCCCUGCAACCUCCGCAGCUCCUGUGGACGCUAGGCCGCCCGAAGAGCGGUUUCAAGUACAGCUGCAGCAAUUGCAAGAUAUGGGAUUCACGAACGCGUCGCAAAACGUGCGCGCACUGCUCGCUACGGGUGGAAAUGUGAACUCCGCGAUCGAGUACAUUCUCAACGGCGGUGGGUUGUGA